AUCAUUCUCAUGCCGUUGAUUUAAUAGACCAGCAUUAGUCGAGUUGUUUAAGUGAUUAAGGAAAGGUGGCAGUUGUCUUCUCGGAGCAGAUACCACAAGAUUUCAACGAGGAUGGACUGCCUGAUCUAUUGCGUGACCGCACUGAUAAUAUCCCUCAGCCUCUUCUAUGCAUACGCCAGAUACAGGCUGUCCUAUUGGAGUAGACGCGGGGUGAAAAGCCCCCCAACGCAUCUGCUCUUCGGCAAUUUCAGGGAAUGUAUUACCCUGAAGAAGUCGCCGGGUGAGAUGAUGCGCGAUAUCUACAACAGCGCCGACCCGGACGAUCCCUAUAUCGGUUUUUACAUCUUCCAUAAGCCCUUGCUGCUCCUGCGGAAUCACGACCUGAUCAAACAGGUGAUGAUCAAGGACUUCGACGUCUUCCCGAAUCGGCGAUUCGGCUCGGGCAUCGAGAGGGACUCGGUGGGCCUGGACAGUAUCCUGUCCAUGAAACAGCCCAGAUGGAGAUACGUGAGAAAGAAGCUUACUCCGGUCCUGACCGGGCAGAAACUGAAGAAUAUGAUACCGCUUAUGGUGGAGUGCGGAAAGCCCAUGUUGAACUUCAUCGAGAAACUGCCGACGGACGAGGCCGGCUGGAGUGAGUACGAGUUGAAGGACAUCAGUAGCCGUUACAGCACCGACGUUUUGGCUUCCCUGGCAUUUGGCGUUGGCAUAAAUUCGUUCGACGAGAAAAAAACAGCCUUCUGGAAAAACGGUACAAAGAUCUUCAGAGGUCUGAUGCGUGGCAUUGCGUUUAUUAUCCUUUUCUUCAUUCCCGAAUGGGACAUCUUGAUCGCGCCGUUCAUUAAAAAGCCGGCGAAUUAUUUGCGCGAGAUUUUCUGGGACGCCAUGAACACCAGAGAAAAGCUGGCGUUUAAGAGAGGAGACAUGAUAGAUUCCAUGUUGGCGCUCAAGAAUGGAGAACAAAGUCCCAUUUACAAGUUCGAGAGCGAUGCUUUACUGGCGCAUCCAUCCAGCUUUUACAUCGCCGGAUUUGAAGCAUCUGCGACCACGAUCGCCUUUGUCUUGUACGAUCUGGCGCGUCAUCCGGAGCACCAAGAGACUCUAUAUAACGAGAUACAAACGUAUCUAUCGGGAAAAGAAUUGACCAUGGAUCUGAUCAGUGAACUACCCUUCUUGGAUUAUGUGGUAGCUGAAUCGCUGAGGCUGCAUCCUCCUCUACCCGUCACUGAUAGAAUAGCCACUAAGAAUUACGAGUUGCCAGGUACUGGGUUAAUAAUCGAGAAGGAUGUUCCGGUGUAUGUCGCUAUAAAUGCAUCGAAUCAAGAUCCCAAAUACUUUUCCAAGCCACAAGACUUUAUUCCAUCGAGAGCAAAGACGGAGGAUAAAAAGUUUUACGAAUCAUUGGCAUUUGGUAUCGGACCUCGAGCGUGUAUAGGACAGAGAUUGGCCCUAUUAAUUGUAAAAGUGGUGCUAAUUACGAUCCUCUCAAAUUACACCAUGUCUUAUGAAAAUAAAAAACGUUCAAAUGACAGUGACGCUAUUCACGUAUUCACGUAUGCGGCUGACGGUCUGUAUGUACAAUUUAAGAAACGUAAUUAAGCAUUUAUUGAAAACUAACAUAGUGUAUGUUACUUAAGUUUUAUUUAUCCGAUUUAAUUCUCAAAUAAUGUUUAAAAAAUUAGGGUAGAAAAAAUAUUUAAAAAAAAGCACAAAGUAUUACCGCAAGAUUGUAUAUUUACAAAUGUAUAACAGAAUAUAUCUCUUUAAAUAGUAAAAUACCUUAGAUUCGUUGAAACUAA